GUCAGCGCUGUGUUGUUUUUCAACGUCCUUCUCGUUUCACGCUCAGUCUUCAUUCAGUCCUACGCCUUGCUGGAGCAAAUUUAAGCCACCCCACACCACAGUCGCAAACUACCACUCAAGAUAUCAAAGCAUAUCUUGAUAAGCUUCUUUUGAAGGAGGAGGACAAGGAAUGCACUGUGCCUGAAAGCUGAUCAGCAUGGUGUUGGUUUCAGCAGCUGCAGUUUCCAGCUUCUUCCUUGCGACCGCGGCUUUCUUCCGCGGAUUCACCGACCCGACCACCACGCGACGACCCUUCAGGCCGGCAGUGCCAUUGAACCUGAGAUUUGGAGCGCCGCCACCGGCGCCAACGGUCGACCACCUUGAUGAGGAAGCGUCAAACCACAAUACGAUUCCGUCCUCGUCGGACACGCUAAUAAGCAGUAAUGGGCACCAACACAUACACCACACGGUCGGACACCACGACGGCAACCUGUUUCCGUCCCGAUUGGACAACAUCGACAUGGACCGGAUUCUGACCAACCGCCGCUUAGUUCACAACUACGUCGGCUGCAUGGUGAACCAAAAGCCGUGCACAGCCGAGGGCAAAGAAUUCAAAAGAUCUCUGCCGGACGUGUUGCUGACCGAGUGCUCCAAGUGCAGUGUGCAGAUGCAGCGCAACAUAGAGCAUAUGGUGCACGUACUGCAGAAGGAGUACCCGCUGGAAUGGAAGCAACUGGUCAAGCACUACGACCCUGACGGCAGUUACCGCAAAAGAUAUACGCAGUACCUGCUGCACAUCGACGGACAGGAAGAGAGCCGCUCGACCACAACGCCCGCCUAGAGGUGUCGCCCGUCCCGACCGGACGCACGCACCUGAGGCACGUUUUUUCUAUUUAUUGUUAAGAAGAUGAGAAAUUGAAGAAAAAGAAAUGAACAAGCUGGUUUUGUGCAAAAAUGUGGUUUGUGUACAUAGACUGAUUCUUUGUAAUGCAAUAUUUUUAUUUUAAACUGACGUGUAUUAAUUCUCUCUUCUCGAGAGGAAAAAAAAUGUGUCAAAUUUCUUGUCUCUUUAUUAGUGUUUUACUUUUUUAAGGAUAUUGUGAAGGAGAAUAAAGAUUUCUUAAAUAAAAA